ACCAAACAUAGUUCCGCCUACUUUAUCCUUGGGGGACAAAUCAGCAGUGAUCAAAUAAGUACGUGACACCAUAGCUAACCAAUCCAGUUCGACGUUAUAAAAGUGGGCACUUCAGCUUGGACUAACGGUGCUCACUCACAACCGACACAAGUAAGAGCAAUGUCUCCAGAGGAUGAGCUCCAAAGUCCCCCUCUUGGUUUCAGCUCUACCAGGGACGAUGUCACUCUGAGCUGUGGUGAUUUAGCUAGCUCUCAUGAGCUGGGGAUAAGGAGCAGAGAACGCAGCAUCCUCCACACAGAGGCUGACAUCAAUUGUUAUAAAGAAUUUGGCUAUGGAAAAAGUCCAUUCCUGAAAACACUGAUGGAUGCAGAAGCAGCUGCCAACUCUGCUGCCAUACAACUUGUGUCUUUUAAAGAUGCAAUGGAAGAUGAAUUUGCUGAUUCAAGACAUUUUGCCACUGAUAAGCGCAGAAUUGCAAGGCAAAGAGGACUUUUGCUGGAGAAGUUGGAGGAUUUUAGACGAAUAAACAAGUCUGUUCGACAGAAACUGAAACAGCUCCAAGAUGUAGAGGCUGAUCAAAUUGAUGCCAAGCACCAAACUGACAUCUUAUUGAAGAAGAUCACACAGGCUGAGAGUGAAAAUGAGCAUUUAAAAAGAGAUUUGAGUGAGACAGAAAGAAAAGUUGAGGAACUGAUGGAUCUGCGGAGAGAAGAGCAGGAGAACAUAAAGAGUGCAGUUCACAUGACCAAGUCUGUUGAGGCGACUCGUGCUCACCUGCAGGGGCAGCUUCGCAACAAGGAAGCUGAAAACAAUCGUCUGACUGUCCAGCUACGGACUGUGGAGAGAACCCUGAUUGAGCAAAAGAUGGAGAUUGAUGAUUUGAAAGGCUCCAUCACCUCUAUGACUGAGAAGGCAGCACAGGACAAAGAAUGUCUCAAGAAAGCCACCCGAGCACAGAAAUUGAGAGCUGAGAGAUUUGAAGCCGCUAUUGAGAAAUGCUAUGCACAAUUGAGGGAUAAGGAUGCUGAGCUGGCCAACGCCCGCUUAGAAAGAGACUCCAGGAGACGACAAAAAGAGCAGGAGAAGGAUGAGAAAGACAAACUUGUAGCUCAUAUAGAGUUGUUGAAAAGUCAAAUUGCGGAAAUGACAGCAAGGCUGCAGAAGGAAAAGGACGAGCUCACUGCAGCUAAUGAAACUGUGAUGCAACGGCUGGAAAAACUCAGCGCUGAAAAAGAAGACCUCAACGUCAAUAAUGCGACACUCAAGGUAUCCAUUGCUCAGUUUGAGCAGCAGCUAGCUGAUUGUGAGUCCGCCCUGAUAGAGGAAAAGGUUGUGUCUCAGGAGAGGAAACAACAGGUCGAACAGUGUCAAUAUCAGGUUGCAGAGUAUCAAGCUGAGUUAGAUGAUCUGAGGACAAAAUAUGCAAAUAUUUUAAGAGAGACAGAGAAGACACGAGAUGGAAAAGAUACAAAAGUUGAGAAGGUGAGACAGGAGCUGCAGGGGCGUGUGGACGAACUGAAGUCUUACCCUGAGUUACUGAGUGCAGCUGAGCAGAAUCUCUUUGAGUGCCAGGAGAACCUGCGACGCUCGGAGAGGAUGUGCUCAGAAAAGUCAGAGUCCGUUAGGCAACUGCAGGUUAAGAUGCAGAGUCAGACCAAAUUGCUGAAAUCAUCUGUGGAGAUGAAGGAGUCCAUCCAUGAUGCCAAUUUACAACUACAGGAGAAAGUGAAUUUUCUCCAAAAGAAAAUGGAUGAGCUGCAGCUGGAGAACCUGGAGCUGGUACGGAGGCUUGCAGCACAGGAGGAAGGUCUGAGCUACAGUGACCGGCAGCUGGAGCAGCGCUCGUCAGACUGCCAGGCCCUCAGCCGGCAGCUGGAGGCCGCUUUAUCAGACGUCAAACAACAGGUCGACAAGGUGAAAAACAAGGCUGUUGCCAGAGAAGAGGCUCUUCAGACCAAAAUCUUGGAGCUGGCAGCAGACAAGAGCAGAAAGGACAAUGAGCUGAGGCUCCUUCGCCAGAGCAAGCUCACCGCAGAGAAACAGUUUGAGGUGCGUCUGAAGGACCUGCAGCUCAGCCUGGACCAAUCAGAGAGCAACAAGCAAAGCAUUCAGAACUACAUUGAUUUUCUCAAAAACUCUUAUAAGACAAUGUUUGAUGAGGGAUUGCAAACAUCAACUUUUGGAUCGUCAUAUUUUCUAAAACGAUAAUGGAUUUAUUUGUAUUAAUUUAUUUAUUUUUUGUGCACUGUAAUAUUUAUAUGGGCUAUUGAAUAAAAGAAACGGAGGCAAUAAUUUGGUUAUUGACGCUCUACAUUUAGCUAACAAUAAUCGAGAAUAGACUCCCCCCCCCCCAAAAGAGCUCUUGGUGCUGCUGUGUCUUAUUCCCAUACGAGGAGCCAGUUGCAAAAAAAGACUAUCUACUUGUUGUUAUAGCAACAUGUGUGAUGAGCUCUGAGUUGGUAACCUAAGAUUUGCUGUUUUUCUGUUUUGUUUUUUAUCACUUUAAAUUGAAUACUUUGGGUUUUGGACUGUUGGACAGGUAAAACAAGCAAUCUUAAGAUGUUACAUUGGGCUCUGUAACUGUAAAGCAUGUCUUCACCAUUUUCUUAUGUGUCAUAGUCUAAAAUAAUGAAUCAAAAACAUAAAAAGGGGUUUCCAGCUGGAGAAAAGUAAUGCGCCCACUAGGUGGAAGUGUUUUGUCAGCCAAUCUUUCCUUCUGUCGAGUGUCUCAUUUUACCCACAAUGCACUGUGCAUCAGUCUUACCUAAGUACCUGCUAAAUGGGAUCCAUUCAACCUAAAAACGUUCGUUGUCAAUCAUCAUUGGAACUGUUAACACUUGGAAGUUUAAGAUUAGGUCUGUCUUUGUGCAACUUGCUUCAGAACAAAUUGUUGGCCUAAUUUUGAAGCUGUACCUACACCUCCUCAUUAAAGCAACUGUUAAUCAACACAAGUGGUGCUUGAAAACCAAAUGUUAGUAGGUGCAUAUGUCCCUGCCGUGUUUACCUGUGGUAGAAUAAACCACGUUUUCCAUCAUAAAAUAUACUCCAACUUUGCUCCCAGUCAAGCCAUCAUCAUUUUUCUAUAGCGUCUGAUAUGAUGGGAAAUUUGGAGCCCCGACACUCGAAAUGUUACCGUUUCUGUUAUCCUGCUGAUCCUGGGAUCAAACAGACACACUUUUCUGUUUUUGUUUUAAUAAAGUGAUAAUAUAUUGAAUGUGUUUAUGUUCUGACUUUCAGCUGGAAUGAGAUGAACGAUGCAGAAAAUCAAUUAUGUAGUUGCCAGUUGUGAAGCUCAUGCCUUUCGGGCUUCAAACAUAAUUACUGAAAUGCAUGUAACACUGGGGCAUUUCCAAACCACUUAAAAAUCUGUUGCUGGUUUGAUCUCAUGCUUUUGUAAUGGAACUUUUUAUAUUAUUGAGUCAUAGAAGAACACAUGAGAACACUGGUACCUGCUGCAGUAUGACUUACCUAACAAUUGAACUAUGUCUUGUACUAUACCCAUACUGUAUCUAUGGCAAUGAACUACCAGACC